AACUCUAUUUACUGAAAUAGUUUAAUUUGGCAUUAAUUUAAGAAGUCAAAAAACAAAAUAUGGUAAGUAAUAAAAUAUUUGAGGUAUUUUUGACAUUACAACUGAAGUAAAGACGUAAUGGACUUUAAGUUCAAGUGAUUUUAAGAACUUAAUAUGUCUUUCUAAAAAGGGGUCGAAUAAGUAUUGCAAUUGCAAAAAAAAAAUAUUGUGCGUUAUAUUUUUUAAAAUUAUUUUUGAUAAUAUUAAAAGAAGUUAAAUUAAGAAACUUUUUUUAUCACAAUAUUCCAACAGUUAAAUAAAAUAUAUGCACCGAUUUACAUUUGUGUAAAUAAGCAAAAGUCACCACAAACGAGAAAUUUAUUGGUGUUACUGUGGUAUUUAUUAAAUGUUAUCUUUGGAGUUUCAGGUAAGAUCUUUUAAUUAUUAUUGUAAGAAUUCAAGUUGCUAAAUGGAAGUGUACUUAAAAGUUGAGUGAUAUGUUUGCAUAGUGACAUAUUUUUAUGGUAACAAAACUGAAUAGUCAAAAUUCGUACUUUUGUAUUUUUUGGUUUGUGCAGCUCUUGUUUUAAAUAAUUUUUUAAUUGUCGUCAUAAUUUGUAAGAUAAAAUCGUCCAGAAGUUGAUUACGUCGAUUUUUAUAGACUUGUUUCAUGCAGAAGCGCAAAUCAUGUCUCCCAGAAGACAGUUGUGUAAUUUGUAUUUUUAGCUCGGCCAUCUCAGAAUUUUUUAAGAAUGACGUAGUUCUUGUAUUUGUGACGUAACUGCCGGUUUUGACGUCACGUGUCCUUGAAUUAUGUACCUGUACCUUAGAUAAAUCGUAACGGAUGUUUAUCGGGUUGCAAUCUAAAGUUGCAUCUUUUCUCAAAGUUCAGAGUUUCGCAAUUAUUUCAAAGGGUGCAAAGUUACUUAAUCUAAAAUUUAGUGAUUGUCCGACCACGUGAUUGUGGUAGGUGUGUCUAUUUGGACGAAUCAGCGUCAAGAAUGUGGGGGCACGUCGCUGACGUAUGUGCACGUCAUGCUUGUAUAAGCAUCACCUGCUGAGCAGUUGAACAUUUGAGUGAGUUGGUCGGUUGUUCACGCAUGUUGCGGUUGUAUAUUUAAGUCAUCGCGCGAGAUGUCGUAAAAUUGGUGUUUGGCAAAAAAAUAUUUUAUAUUCACAGGAAUGAUCCGGAAGAGUCAGUUGUUAAGAGAGCAGCUAGAAUCCAUCGAUUGAAAAAUAAAUUACCUUCAAGAACUUACACAAGAAAGUAAGAGUGAUUUUGAAGAAAUCAAAGCUACUGGUGUUGUGUGACCACUAACCGGGUUUAGUGUUGAAUUUGAAAAUUUUAUAGUACAAAUAAAAUAACAGACAUGAAGAAAUUAGUAGUGUAUUGUGCGUUUGUGCUCAGUCUGGCCCUAAGUUGCAUCUGUGAUGAUACUCUAUCCCCACCAUGCAACAGCGAUAUCUACUGUUACGGCCCUUUACUUCACACAAUUCAAAUGGAGAAAAUCUACGAAGAUUCCAAAACCUUUGUCGACAUGAAAAUGCGUUUUGAACCAAAUAUUACACUGAUCAAAUUCAAUGAAUUCAUGGUGAUAAACAACAAUAAACCGUCCAAAAACGCCACGCGAGCUUUCGUCAAUGAUAACUUUGAACCGGCAGGCCAAGAGUUCGAAGAGUGGGACCCCGAAGACUGGAUCAAACAUCCAAAAUUCGUCGACGGGAUCCAAGACGACGAGUUUAAACAAUGGGCAUUAUCGCUGAACUUAGUCUGGAAGGACUUGGGGCGGAAAAUGAAAAAGGAAGUCGAACUGAAUCAAUCAUUGUACAGUAUUAUUUGGGUUCCACACCCUGUGAUAGUACCAGGAGGACGCUUCCGGGAGUUCUACUACUGGGACUCGUACUGGAUCGUACAAGGACUCCUCUUAUCGGAAAUGUAUGGCACGGUUAGAGGAAUGCUUGAGAAUUUUCUCUACAUCGUUGACAGAUAUGGACACAUCCCCAACGGGGGACGAAUUUACUAUUUACAAAGAUCUCAGCCUCCGUUAAUGGUACCAAUGAUCAAGUCGUAUUUGGACUUCACGAAUGAUACUCACUUCAUUAAAGAAAAUAUCGCAACAAUGGAGAAAGAAUUCGAGUAUUGGAUAACCAAACACAACAAAACUGUCACUCUCGAUGGCAAGAAUUACACUCUUGCCACCUAUGGCGACCGGUCGAAAGGGCCUCGGCCCGAAUCUUAUUCGGAGGACGUGGAAGGUGCUGCUAUUUUCGACGAUAACGACAAGAAGGAAAGUUUUUAUGCGGAAUUGAAAGCCGCGGCUGAAUCCGGUUGGGAUUUUUCAAGUCGCUGGUUUAUUAAAAAUGCGACUAAUAAAGGGAAUUUAACCAAUACUAAAAUCCGGUCUAUAGUCCCAGUGGACUUGAACGCGAUGAUCUACUGGAACGCAGUCAUUUUAUCCGAAUUCAAUACUCUUCUCGACAAACCGGCCAAAGUCCAAUAUUACAACAAAAUUGCGAAAGAGUGGAUGGAGGCCGUGACUGCUGUUCUAUGGCACGAAGAAGUUGGUACUUGGUUGGACUAUGACUUGUCAAAUUCAGUGAAACGCGAUUAUUUUUAUCCGACAAAUGUUGCACCACUUUGGACUGGCUGUUACAACCAAACUGAUAAAAGCAAAAUCGUGCGUCUAGUCUUGAAGUAUUUGCAAAAUAAAAAUAUCUUAUACCCUGGUGGUAUCCCCACGACGGUGGAACACACGGGUGAGCAAUGGGACUACCCCAAUGCCUGGCCGCCAUUGCAACACAUUAUGAUUAUUGGAUUGAACAACACGGGCGAUGUCGUCGCACAAAGACUAGCUUUUGAAAUCGCCGAAAAGUGGGUGCGUUCUAAUUACAAAGCGUUCAAAGAGACCGACGCCAUGUUUGAAAAGUACGAUGCGACAGUACCGGGGGGGCACGGCGGAGGCGGCGAGUACGAAACACAGUUAGGGUUUGGCUGGACGAAUGGAAUUAUUAUGGAUUUGUUGUACCGGUACUCAGAUAAGCUCACCGUGGAGGAUCCGCCACCGCCAACACCAAAACCUGUGUACCAGGCGUCGGAAGAUGUGCAAUCUUCAUCGAGUUUUAGUCAAAUUUCCGCUGUUUUGAUAGCGUUAAUGAUAUCUUUAACGGCAGGAUUUAUAGGAGUGUGCAUCUACAAACGCCGGAACCAGCAGCAAACUGAUGCAAGGAAAUCAAGACCUUCAAGGGCGCGAUACACCGAGCUGAGGAGCAUCCCUCGACGUGCGAAGAGUGCAAGAUAAAUGUGAGUGAAUGACAAUUGUGUAAUAAUUAAGUCACGAAAUCGUCGCACUGGCCGUUAUGCUUCCUGAGAAAAAGACUUAUUUGUCGGCUUGCUAAUUAGUAUUAUUUUUAGUGUAGUGAUUUCGACUAAGCAAACGACAAAAGUGCCUACGUUGACACUAAGUAGUACAAGUAAUUAAUUUUAAUUAAUUUGAAUUUUCUGAAUCGGUGUCUUGAUUGUGCUUGAAUAGUGGCGAUUUUUCUUCUUUACUUGUUUCUUCCUAUUCUUUUAAAAUGUGAUAUCUAAGUCAUAUCUUUAAGACCGAUCGAUUGUAAAUACGGAUUUGGGCAUCAAGUGCAAAAGAUAAUGUUUCUUAGGUUCAGAUUUUUAUCACAUGAACCGAAAACUUGAGUGAUUUAUUUAUUUAUUUAUUGUACUGAUUUAUCAUGUAUUCAAAUUUUUGUGAUAUGUACAAUAUGCCCAAAUCCAGAUUAUUUAAUCACACCAGGUUUUAGGGUCCGUUUUUCUCUCAGUGAUGAAACCAUAUGUAGUUUUAUUUAUUUAGUUAAAUAGCGAAACUCAUGACGUACA